AUGCUCAGCGACGCCCUCUACACGGGGACACUCCCCGCAGCAGUGGAAAAGGGACUCACAGUAUUGCUCCCCAAAGAAGUCCAGCCCAAGGGAUGGGGGGAGACCAGACCGAUCACCCUCAGCAGCACGGUGCUCAAAGCCAUCGCACAACUGCUGCUGCGGCGCUGCGCGUACACGCUGCAGCCCCUCAACACCCUCCAGUGGGCAGCGUUUGACUCGGUGGCGCAAACCAGCCUGGCCAGACUCGUGGAGGAGAAGGCGCUGUUGGAGACUCUGGCCCACACCCAACAGCAAGACAGAGGGGGGGACAACCCACUCCUCCCCCCACCCCCACAUGGCGGAAGUUACAUGGACGACACCUACCUCUGGGGGGAGAACCCACUACACCUCCAAGCCACCCUGGACAAGCUCCAGAAGACCCUCCAGAAGCACGGCCUCAAAAUCAACCCCAAGAAGACACGCAUCAUCACCAACACUGACAACCCCUUCAAAUUCAAGAUCGACGGGCAGGUGGUCACACCAGAAGGAGGGGACGCAGCCCUCACGGUGCUUGGCUCACCAGUCAGCUUUGCGGGGGGACCACAACACUUGGCAGCCGAGAUGGGGACCCGAGGGCGCAAGGCCUUCGGCAAGAACAAGAAGAUCCUCACAGCCAAGACGGCGCUGAAACGCAGACUCAACCUGCACACCACCCUGGUGAGACAGAGCGCUCUGUGGGGGUGCGAAACGCUCCAGUUACAGCAGGCAUGGACGGACUGGAACACGCGCACACUCCGCAUGGCACGAGUGCACCUGCACAAGAACAACCAGGGCAGAACAGGCCACGCUCGACAUGCUACAGUGGAGGGGGAUGAGGUGGUGGCGCCAACAGCAAG